AUGGCGCUAGCAGAUAUGUCGCUAUCUGGCUUGAGAUCCGUGAGUUCGGAGGACUCGGUGCGCUAUGAGACUAUCGAGACACGCGACGGCAAAUUCGCCUUGCUGACCCUGAAGCCAACGAACAGCCAUCACCUCUUCACAAAGAAGCUCAUCGAAAAGUACAGCACACGACUCCAGCAGGCUGUCAACGACAAAGUUAAAGGCCUUAUAACCACCCACGACGGUGAGUGGUUCUCCGGCGGCUUCGACUACAAGUCGGCCCCCGAGGAAGAGUUGGUGGUGGAGUUCCGGAAGCUGAUUGCUCAAUUCCUCGAUCUGCAGUUCCCGACGGCAGCCUACGUGUCGGGCUUCACCUACGGGGCAGGAUUCACGCUGGCGCUUUUACACGACUACUUAGUGCUGUCGAAUGACAAUGUUAGUUUGCGCCAGGACGAGCUGGCUAAUGGGCAUGAGUUGCCGCCGUAUGCCGCGGCGCUGGUGAGGGACAAGUUCCAGCUGCUGGCCUCGCUGGAGCUGCUGGUGUCGACCAAGUACGUCACACCCCCGCAGUUCGCGCCCAUAGCCGAGUACGUGAACCCGUACGUAGGGUGGAGCAAAGACGAGGUGGUGGAGAAGCUGCUGCGGCCAUUGGUUGACCUCGACGGCAGCAACUAUAGUGGCGUGCGGAAGAUCCUGCUGUUCCGCGUGUAUCAGCUCGUGAAACUAGAACCGGCUCGCGGCUAG